UGAGCAGAGACACAGAGCGGAGGAGGCGGCGGCGCUUUGUAGUCAGUGCGGAAUGCGGAAAUGUUCGCACACUCUGUGUAGCGGGGUCAGGUCACACUCAGCAGCCGGCGUGGGAAAGCGCAGAGCACACACACAAAGCACAGGAGGAAGGGAGAGACAUGCUGCUGCUGAGAGCAGGCACACAGGCGGCAGCAGCAGCAGCUCCCCAGCCUCCCCGGCUGCCAUGGGACCACUGGGAUCUGCAGAAUAAACUUUAAUCUUCUGCAAGUUGGGUCUGCUGUGCUUGCUGUGUGUGCAGCUCCCUCUGUGGUGCUGCUGCUACUUCUGAGCCUGCCCCUUCUGCAUGAGUGUGUGCUGCUCCUUCACUGAGGAUGGCUGUGCAGAAGCUGUGCAGAGCUGCGGCUACCUGUGUGGCCCAGGCUGGGGACCCUAUGAGACAGUAGCCAUAGUAGCCCUAGUAAUCACAUCUCACAUCUGCCCCACUUGGAUGUCAGCUUGGAAACUCUUGCACUCACACAGAUAAUGUGACCUCCUCGAGUCGGUGCUAUCUAUGUACCGCUUCCUGCAGCUUGCUCUCCAGCUGUGUGCGGCUGUGUCUGCAGCUGUCUCCCAUAGCUUCGGCAGCUCCUGGUCAUCUCAGUCCUAGGUAGCCCCGGCAGCCCUGUGCACACCUGGAUCAAGACGAGGAGGAAGACUGAACCUUGGACGUCCGUGCCUUCCUCUCUCUCUCCUUGUUGUCCCCCCCCCCGCACAAUGAUGAUGACGAUGGAUAAAGACGGACUGGCAGAGCAGCAAUAUGAGUGUGUGGCAGAGAUAGGAGAGGGGGCAUACGGCAAGGUUUUCAAAGCCCGCGACCUGAAGAAUGGAGGGCGCUUUGUGGCCCUGAAGCGGGUGCGGGUGCAGACUGGAGAGGAGGGCAUGCCGCUCUCCACCAUCCGGGAGGUGGCCGUGCUGCGGCACCUGGAGUCCUUCGAACAUCCCAACGUGGUCAGGUUAUUUGAUGUGUGUACUGUUUCGCGGACAGACAGAGAGACAAAGCUUACACUGGUUUUUGAACAUGUUGAUCAAGAUUUGGCUACGUACUUGGAUAAAGUGCCAGAUCCCGGCGUUCCCAAUGAAACGAUAAAGGACAUGAUGCAUCAGCUUCUCCAAGGGUUGGACUUUCUCCAUUCACACCGAGUGGUUCAUCGAGACCUCAAGCCUCAGAACAUUCUGGUGACCAGCAAUGGACAAAUAAAGUUGGCAGAUUUUGGCCUUGCAAGGAUCUACAGUUUUCAGAUGGCACUUACAUCCGUGGUGGUCACUUUAUGGUACAGAGCGCCGGAAGUUCUGCUGCAGUCCAGUUACGCCACGCCGGUGGACCUCUGGAGCGUCGGGUGUAUAUUUGCAGAAAUGUUUCGUCGAAAGCCACUGUUUCGUGGAAACUCCGAUGUGGAUCAGCUAGAAAAGAUAUUUGAUGUAAUAGGGCUCCCGGAGGAAGAGGAGUGGCCUGGCGAAGUCGCAGUUCCACAAAGUUCCUUCCAUUACCGGCAGCCGCAACCCAUAGAAGACGUGAUUCCAGACAUUGAUGAACUCGGCAAAGAUUUGCUCAUCAAAUGUCUGAUAUUCAGCCCUGCAAAUCGUGUAACCGCCUUCAGCGCCCUCUCCCAUCCUUACUUUGAUGAUUUAGAGACGCACAAAAUUAGUUUGGAACGCCACAGGCAGAGGGCUGGAGAUGAGAAUACAGCUGCCACCAAGAGCCCUUGAGAGUCACUCUGUAUAGAUGGACAACACCAUAUUGCCAUGUGGGCUGACUCAUCUGGGAGCUCACCCUAAGACACUGACCUGCAGCAAGCCACGUCUACCUGCAACAAAAAAAAAACUGUUUACUCUCCUCAAAUCAAUGCAAACCCCGCGCAGCUUCACCUGUUUGUCUUCAUUUUACCAGGGUUCUCUCCAGGUCAAAGCAAAGCUGCUGAUCAAUUAUGCUGCCUUUCGUUGGACAUAAAAGCUGCCGGUGUAAUAUAGAUGAAACUGUUCACUGCCACCACAGGAUGGACUAGAUUUACAGCUGCUAAAUGCCUGAUUGGAGGACUUGUUUCUUGUUAUUAAUUAAAGUGCAACACCAACUCAAAGGGAGGCUGUCAUUUUGUGGACUGAACCAUUAAUCCAGAAUAUACCGUCUACACACCCUUCAUCAUGGCUCCUUCCACCACUAACCCAGUACUCUGCUCUCGAACGUCCCAUUUAAUUUACUAUUGUGGUUACCUGUGCUAAACACCUCUCUCAUCAAUGCAUUCAGCACAGGGAGCUGCAAUAAAGGACUUCAAGAGCAGUGUGUUUAUCUCUCUGCCUCAUGUGCCUCUUUUUUUCGCUCUGCCUCAUGCCGCAGUGAUGUCACUAGUGAAAUUAACAAACUGUAUUCUCUUGGGUUAUGGUCAUACUUGCCUACUGAGUUCCCUGAGAGGAAAUCCAUGCUUCAAGUGUUGCGCUGUGGAGCUUGGCAACACAAAUUACGUCUUUAAGAAAAUUGCCUGUUGUUUCAUCAAGCCCCUGCCCAGUUCACUGCUCUUCCAGAGUAUGAGAUUGGUUCAGCCCACAAAAUGGCUGCCUCCACUCUGAGGGGGUUGGCAGGUACAUUUAAGUGUUUAUAUUAAAGAUGUUUGAAUUUGUAAUCUCUCAAGAGCCGACACUGGUUCACGUAUGUAUUUUUUUUUUUUUAGAUGUAUCCGGCUGCUUUUUCUGAGUAUGGCAUGCAGGACAUGAAAUGUUUGUGUUUUGUUUUUUCACUUAAAUGUAAAGAACUUACCACGGAUGCUUGGUAUUCGGGCAACGUUCUGUUUUUCCUCUGGUUUUAUUGUUGUGUUUUGAGAAUUUUUUUCUCAGAUGGAUUAAGAAUUGUAUGAUACAUAUGUCUGAGGGAAAGCAGCAUGUAAUUCAACUCUUCAUGUUUUUUUAAGUGGACUAAAGAUUGAAAUGAGAUGUACGGAAUGUAUUUUGUUACAAGAGUCCACAAGUAAAGACAAAGUUAAGUUUA